AUGGCAUCCGCUCUUUUCUACAACGAGAACGACGGCUUCAUUGACGGCAUCCUUCGUGGCUACUUUGCCGGUGUUCUCAAUUCCACACAGUACCUUAACUUUACUCAAUGCGAGACUCUCGAAGACUUGCGUCUCCAAAUUGGUGCUACUGAUUAUGGAACGUUGUUGCAGAAUGAACCAUCGCCCAUUGCCACGUCUGUCAUUGGCGAGCGAUUGACGCAGCGUCUUGUGGAGGAAUUCAACUAUAUCCGUACCAAUGCCGUUGCACCUCUUUCCAAGUUUUUGGAUUAUAUCACUUACCAAUAUAUGAUCGACAAUGUCAUUUUGCUUAUCACCGGUACCUUGCACGAACGUGAUACCCAUGAGCUGUUGGAACGAUGCCACCCAUUGGGUUACUUUGAAUCAAUGCCUGCUUUGUGUGUGGCGACUACCGUGUCCGAGUUGUACAAUACUGUGUUGGUCGAAACGCCACUCGCCCCUUAUUUCGCCAAUUGUUUGAGCGCACACGACCUCGAUGAGCUCAACAUUGAAAUCAUCCGCAACACACUCUACAAGGCUUAUCUCGAAGACUUUUACAAUUUCUGUCAAGAGUUGGGUGGUGCCACCGGUGAAGUCAUGGGCGAGAUCUUGCAGUUUGAAGCCGAUCGUCGUACCAUCAACAUCACCAUCAACUCCUUUGGUACCGAAUUGCCCAAGGAAGAUCGCAAGAAGCUUUUCCCCGUGAUUGGCAGAUUGUAUCCUGAAGGUAACGCUAAGCUUGCCAUUGCCGAUGAAUUCGAACAAGUCAAGGCCACCUGUGAAGUGUUUCAUGAAUAUCGAUCUUUCUUUGACACAUCAGCUGUUGGCAAGACAUUGGAGGACAAGUUCUUUGAGCAUGAGGUGUUUUUGAACCGCUUGGCCUUCCAGCAACAAUUCAACUAUGGCGUGUUUUAUUCGUACAUCAAGCUCAAGGAACAAGAGAUCCGAAACAUUGUAUGGAUUGCAGAAUGCAUUGCCCAAAACCAAAAGGAUCGAAUUAACAGCUAUAUUCCCGUACUGUAA